AUGCCUCCAAAGGAAGAUUGGGAAAAAUCUAAAAUUGGUGAAGAAAACGAUGAGAAGAUUACUGCACUCGAUGAAGGAGAUAUUGCACUUUUGAAAACUUAUGGUCAAGGUCCUUAUGCAAAAGAACUGAAAAAAACAGACAACGAUAUUAAGGACGUUCAAAAACGAAUAAACGAAAAAAUAGGUGUCAAGGAAUCAGAUACCGGUCUUGCUCCGCCGAAUCUUUGGGAUAUUCCUGCAGAUAAACAAAGGAUGCAAGAAGAACAACCUUUACAAGUUGCUCGAUGUACUAAAAUCAUUCAAGCUGAUGGUGAAGAAGCCAAAUAUAUUAUCAACGUAAAGCAAAUUGCAAAAUUCGUUGUUGCGUUAGGUGAACGUGUAUCACCUACAGAUAUUGAAGAAGGAAUGCGGGUCGGUGUGGAUCGAAACAAAUAUCAGAUUCAAAUUCCAUUACCACCCAAAAUCGAUCCUUCCGUGACAAUGAUGCAAGUAGAGGAAAAACCCGACGUUACAUAUAGCGAUAUCGGGGGUUGCAAAGAGCAAAUUGAGAAAUUAAGGGAGGUUGUUGAGUUACCCUUACUUCAGCCUGAAAGAUUCGUAAAUUUGGGUAUCGAUCCUCCUAAAGGAGUUUUACUAUAUGGUCCUCCGGGAACCGGUAAAACUUUAUGUGCUCGUGCAGUAGCAAAUCGAACAGACGCAACAUUUAUUCGUGUUAUUGGAUCUGAACUUGUUCAAAAGUAUGUUGGUGAAGGUGCACGUAUGGUUCGUGAAUUAUUUGAAAUGGCACGAACCAAAAAAGCCUGUAUCAUAUUUUUUGAUGAAGUAGAUGCCAUUGGAGGUGCACGUUAUGAUGACGGUGCUGGAGGUGAUAACGAGGUUCAAAGAACUAUGUUGGAAUUGAUCAAUCAGUUAGAUGGUUUUGAUCCACGAGGAAAUAUUAAAGUUCUGAUGGCAACGAAUCGUCCUGAUACUCUGGAUCCAGCAUUAUUACGUCCAGGUCGUUUAGAUCGUAAAGUAGAGUUUUCAUUGCCCGAUUUAGAGGGUCGUUCGCAUAUUUUAAAGAUUCAUGCUAAAAGCAUGUCGGUGGAGCGUGAUAUUCGAUAUGAGUUGAUAGGACGUCUUUGUCCAAAUAGUACCGGUGCUGAAUUGCGUAGUGUAUGUACAGAAGCCGGAAUGUUUGCAAUUAGAUCUAGAAGAAAGGUUGCUACAGAAAAAGAUUUCCUGGAAGCUGUUAAUAAAGUUAUCAAGUCAUACGCAAAAUUCUCGUCUACUCCAAG